AUGUGUCCUGUAAUUGUUGAAGUUGAAGUUGAACCAAAAAACAAAAGCAGUCCAUGUAUAUUCAAAGUUAUAGCUCUGAGCGAUGCAAAGCACGAUCCAGAGAAAGAGAUGGCAAGCCGCCCAUUGACUGGAACCGCUCGAGAAGCCAUUGCAAAAGACGUUCAUCAAGUGGGAGCACUAAGAAAUUUUAGUGAAAUUCCAUCAAUGGAUGCAUUAAAGACAGCUAAGCAACAGUACAAUCAGAAAUAUCGACUCGAUGAAGAUUAUUUCAAAGAAUUGCGUACGUUUCGAUAUUUGACUCAUUCAAUAGAUCACUCUUCUGAAGAUAUUAAAGGUAAGGAUUUUUCUGCUCGAUCAAUAGUUUACAUUCUAGAUCGAGAUUUAAUUAUUUCUUUACUUCAAUUUAAUUUCGAAAUUGCAUGCAAUAACGAACGGGUGCUUCAGAAUAAAGUGGUCACUUAGUAUUUUGCUCAUAUCUCAGUUGAAUUUUAUGUCUUAAGCUUUAUUGUUUUCUCAAAAGGUGCGCCAUGAAAUUUUCUACAAAAAAUAUAUUAAACAGUUUUCUAUAUACCGUAAAGAUAAAAGAAUAUAGAAGAAAUACUGCGAAGCUUCAAUCUCGAUUAUUGAAAAGACUGCAAUUAAUUGCUCAACUAGUAACUGUCUAAUUGUUAUAUCUUAAAAGCAGCUGAUCAAGGUGAAUUAUUUCACAAUUCAACAGCACUUUGAGUUUUUCGAAAAGCUCGUUCCUCUGCUGGUCGUAAUGUAAGCAGAGUAAAAAAUAGUGAGUAGUGCUUUCCUUUUCUCCACAGGAACAAAGUGGUGAUGGGACGAGUUUACGGUGAUAUAAAGGCUCAUUCAGCUGAGGAAAAUCAACCCGAAGACGGAGAUGGUGAAUUUCAAGUCGACGCUCAGAGACUAGUGGUAGUUUCAACGCAG